GUUCUUCCUUUAUCUGUUCAAAUCACCUCUAUCUGUGGCAACGUGCUCAGUCGUACCUUAUCCGGUGGACGCGCGGAGCGCAACGAGGCUUUGCUUUUGCAUACAUUCACAGAGCAUGGCUUUCUUGUGCCCGACCCUGUUGGACCUAGCUUCUCUCGCAAGGGAAUCGGUAAACAGGAUCCCGGUGGCCAGGAUGAAGUUUUGCCAGAGCUCAGCACACUUGAACAUCUGCCGUCGGAAUCUACCUCAUCGUCUCUUAGUGCUCCUGCUAGCGGUCGGAGAAAGCCAGCCUACGCGGGCGGCAUGGUGCUGGAGCCGAAAAAGGGUCAAUAUCGAAAUGUUGUUGCUUGUCUUUUCUGAAUCCACUGCCUGA